AUGCGCAUGCUCUCCGAACAAGAAGCCAACGAGAUCGAAGUGACAUGGGAAGACCAGCAAUCUAUCAACGCCUUCAGCCGGCUCAACUCGACCUACUCUGACCUGCUCGAAGACCUGCGCAUCGGCAAAGAAGAGCGGGAGGCGCUCGACGAUCUUGCGCUCGAGCUCGAGCUCGCUGACGAAGACGAGCCUAUCCUGUACAAGAUUGCCGACACAUUCAUCGCGCUGCCGCAUCCAGAUGCAUUGGAGAGGCUGGAGGCGGAACAGCACGAGGCGGACGAGAAGCUCUCGACGCUGCAGGAUAAAUUGGAUUCCUACGACGCCCAGAUGAAACAGCUCAAGGUCAAGCUGUACGCCAAGUUUGGCGAUAACAUCAACCUCGAAAGAGAUUGA